CCACGUUCUUUUCUCAGCGUUCCCAUUCACUUCUCGAUCCGAAUCCUUGCAUUUUCCCUUCGCCAAGCCUGUUCGUCAUGGCCUCGAAGGACUUCCGCGCAUCCAGCGACGCCGAUCGCAAGCUCGAGGGCGGAGAAGAGGCCCAGCCGGCUCUGGGCGCUUCUGCUCAGACUCUCGAGACGGAGGCCGCGACCAAGAAGAAUGACAUCCAUCCCGCUUUCUAUAUCGCACUAUGGAUUGCCUUGUCUUCAAGUGUGAUUAUCUUCAACAAAUGGGUGUUGCAUUCGGCCGAAUUCAAAUUUCCCAUGUUCCUGACGACAUGGCACAUGGUAUUCGCGACCUUCAUGACCCAAGGUCUGGCUCGGUUCUCAACAGUCCUCGAUUCUCGCCAUAAAGUUCCCAUGAACCGGGACUUGUACAUGCGAGCAAUCGUUCCAAUUGGUCUCUUCUUCAGUCUCAGCUUGAUCUGCGGCAAUGUGGCCUACCUGUACCUGAGUGUAUCUUUCAUUCAGAUGUUGAAGGCACUGAACGCUGUUGUGACUCUCCUCGCAACAUGGGCAUUUGCUAUCUCUCCACCGGAUAUGAGGAAGCUUGCCAACGUCUCUGCUAUUGUGGUCGGUGUCAUCGUUGCGUCCUUUGGCGAGAUUCAAUUCGUCAUGUUCGGAUUCUUGAUUCAACUUGCCGGCAUCGUGUUCGAAGCUGUGCGCCUCGUCAUGGUCCAGCGGAUCCUCAGUGCCCCGGAAUUUAAGAUGGACCCUCUCGUUUCUCUCUACUACUACGCACCGGCCUGCGCUGUCAUUAACGGAUUCUUCACUCUCUUCAUCGAGAUCCCUAAGAUGGGCAUGUCCGACAUCUACCGCGUGGGAGUCUUCGUGCUGAUCGCCAACGCCGCUGUGGCUUUUGCGCUCAACGUUUCUGUCGUUUUCUUGAUCGGCAAAACCUCCGCCGUCGUCCUUACGCUCAGUGGAGUCCUUAAGGACAUUUUGCUUGUGGUUGCUUCAAUGGUCAUCUUCCUGGACCCAGUCUCCCCACUUCAAUUCUUCGGCUACUCUAUCGCACUUGCUGGUCUCGUGUACUACAAGCUCGGCGGCGAGGGCAUCAAGAAUGGCAUCCAAGACGCUCAAAACGUGUACCACUCGAUGAAUCAGCAGAAUCCGGCACGACUGAGGGGCAUCAUGAUUGGUGCUGGCGUUGCACUUGCGAUCUUGGUAGUGUUCGUAAUCUACCCAGCUGUGACUGCCAGUGCGGCGGGCAAGGCAGCGGCGGCAUCGACAUUUGGUUGAAGGGGCUUGGAUGAAUGAUAUCGAUUGUGAUAGGAGAGGGCUUGCUCGUCAGCUCAACGGGUGCUGGCUUUUCUGCUGUAUUGGAGGAGCUUCAUGUGUAAGAGUCGUGCUCGGCCGGCAUGUCGAGUCGGGAUGUAAGAAAC